CAGCGUGCAGCCUGCUGGAAAAUGUAGUUCCCGGCUGAGAGGGCCGGGCUAGACGCGCCGAGGCAGGCGCGCGGCGGGCAGGCCUGGAGGGGGCGGGUCCGCGCGGGCCUCCAAGCCGCCAACCCCGCAGCGGAGAGGUCACGGCGUGAGGCCGCCGCCACAGUCGCCGCGAGGUCGGGGCGCCGGGCUGCACCAUGGCAUACUGCCGGCAGGAAGGGAAGGAUCGAAUCAUAUUUGUGACCAAAGAAGACCAUGAAACUCCAAGCAACGCGGAGCUGGUGGCCGACGACCCCAAUGAUCCCUAUGAGGAGCACGGACUGAUCCUGCCCAACGGAGACAUCAACUGGAACUGCCCGUGCCUUGGGGGCAUGGCCAGCGGCCCGUGUGGGGAACAGUUCAAGGCGGCCUUUUCCUGCUUCCACUACAGCACAGAGGAUGUCAAGGGGUCGGACUGUGUAGACCAGUUCCGGGCCAUGCAGGAGUGCAUGCAGAAGUACCCGGACCUCUAUCCCCAGGAGGAGGAGGAGAAGCCAGCGGAUCGAUUAGAGGAAACGGCUGUUUCUGAGGCCGCCACGACCAAAGAGGAAGAGGGGUCCAGCUAAUGAGGACCCUGGGCGCUGGGCUCCAGCCUCCUUAAGAGAGGAUGAACCUCUCCAAGAAAGUGUCUCUCCCUCUGUUGUUCUGUGCACUGUAAUGUACAAAAUAACUUAUUGAGCUGAUCAGGGGUCUUGGCCCCUUGACAUAUACACUGAAAUAUGGGUUGUAUGUAUGUGUGUCUCACAUAACCUGUCAGUGAAUGUAGCUGCCACUUUUGAAUUCUCAGAUUGUCCUGAAUUUUGUCAUUUUGAAAUAAUGUGCUGAAUAAUCUCAGCAACCAAAAAUCUUUAUCUGGGAGUGAGUGUCUCUUGUGAGUGAGCUGAUUUAUUCUGAUUCAUUGUAUCCCUUUUAGUAGAUUUUAUACCCAGUUGGAAAGUGAAAUAGAAACAAACAUCUUCCUUUAAAAAUGCUGGAGGGGGGCCAUUCCUUAUAGAAGAGGCGGGGUGAUCAGACCUUGAGUAUUUGACGAAGCACUAUGCUUCAUUUCUGAUAUAUUUUGGUUUCCAGUUUGCAUUGAGCUCCAGGUUUUCUACGUUUGGAAAACAGAGCUUUGGACCCUCUGAGUGACUCCCUUUGGAAGUGAAGAGAAAGGCUGGUUUUUUCUGUUCUUGUUAUCCCAAAAGCCCUGCUUUGGGGUCUGUGUUCACACUGGCUCUGCCUCAGCCUGUUCAGAUGCAAUGUUCUUGAGAGGUGGGGACCUAAUCAUUACCAAAGUAGCACCUGAGAGAGGAAACGGUGUCAAUUAAAAGGAAAACAUGAUUUUUACCUGA